AUGGUAGAGAAGAUGCGGGAGGAUGAGCACGGCAACACAAGAAUGCGCCCCAGGGUUGAAGACAGCCAAAGAUACACAUGGACUGCUCCCAUCCGUGAAGAGGGUGUGGUCUGCAUCUUCCAGGGGUAUGUCUCUCAGAUCAGGUCUCAGGCCAGUUUCUUCGGCCAGCAGGUCUUGGCAGUCAUGCUCGACGAGUUCCCCUUCCUCUGGCAGCAGGGUGGCGGGGACGUAGUGACCUUCUCCGAUGUGUCCAUGAACUUCACCCAGGAAGAGUGGACAUCCCUGGAUGCCUCUCAGCGAAAGCUCUACAGGGACGUGAUGCUGGAGACCUACCAGCACCUGCGAGCUGUUGGUGAGAGCCGCGUGGGGCACACCCUGCCGGCACAGACCUACUUAAACUCCUCGGGUGUGGCUGGGAGAAUUCAAACUGGAGAGAAACCUUAUGUUUGUAAGGAAUGUGGGAAGAUCUUCUGUCGAUCCAUUCAACUUAUUGAGCAUAGGAGAAUUCACACUGGAGAGAGACCUUAUGUUUGUAAGGAAUGUGGGAAGGCCUUCUGUCGAUCCACACACCUUAUUGAACAUAGGAGAAUGCACACUGGAGAGAAACCUUUUGUUUGUAAGGAAUGUGGAAAGGCCUUCCAUCGAUCCUUACGCCUUACUGAACAUAGGAGAAUUCACACUGGAGAGAGACCUUAUGUUUGUAAGGAAUGUGGAAAUGCCUUCCGUCUAUCCUCAUGCCUUACUGAACAUAGGAAAACUCACACUGGAGAGAAACCUUAUGUUUGUAAGGAAUGUGGGAAGGCCUUUUCUCAAUCAGGGACCCUUUCUAGACACAGGAGAAUUCAUACUGGAGAGAAACCAUAUGUAUGUCAGGAGUGUGGGAAGGCCUUUUAUAGUUCCUCAAAGCUUUCUCAACAUAGGAGAAUUCACACUGGAGAGAAACUAUAUUCAUGUGAAGAAUGUGGAAAGGUUUUCCGUCGAUCCUCACACCUUAUUCAACAUAGGAGAAUUCACACUGGAGAUAGACCUUAUAUUUGUAAGGAAUGUGGGAAGGCCUUCCGUCAGUCCUCACAGCUUACUGAACAUAGGAAAAUUCACACUGGAGAGAAGCCUUAUGUUUGUGAGGACUGUGGGAAGGCCUUCAGUCGAUCCUCAUCCCUUAUUGACCAUUGGAGAAUUCACACUGGAGAGAAACCUUAUGUUUGUAAGGAAUGUGGGAAGGCCUUCUCUCGAUCAGCGGGCCUUUCUAAACACUGUAAAAUUCAUAGUAAAGAGUAA